UGUGACGUCACGUAAUUAUAGUAAAUACAAAGUAGACGAUGUGAGUGGCGUGUGUGAGAGAUACUGUGCAAAUAAUUCCCCUUUUACAAUGACUAAUCACAAGAUUCAGUUUGUGGGGUCGCCCUGUGGCCACCACGGCAAUUACACAUUCUACAAAGCGUUCAAAUACACUCUACAUGGAAAACAGAGAAUAUUGUCUCUGGGUGAAUUUUUCUUCGUCAAGAUAUGGGAGGAAGAAGACAUAAUAUCUGUGGGAGAAGCUCAGUUACUGUGGGAGGAUCGGUCCUCAGGCCAGAUCCUCGUCUCACUCAGGAUAUAUUUCCUCCCUGAAAACACUCCAGAGGGAAGAUGUGACGAACAUGGCGAGCAUGAGGUGGUGUCACUGUCCGAGAAGGUUGUACUACGAGCAGAGGAUGUGAUCGGGUGGAUGCGGGCGGCCGUGGGCGUCAAGUGGGAUACAGGUCUGCUGGGCGUGUACGGGCCGCCCACUCAUGAUGUUGCAUCACAAGCACAAUACUCCCCACCCAUCUCUGCAACUCUCGAUAUUAACGACAUACUCAGAGAAAAAAAUUUAAUAGGUGAUGUUGUUGAGCCAAACAGCUUGCACAUUAUCAUCUUGGCAUUUGACAAGUACUGUCGGAUGCGUGGUCUGCUCAAGCGUUUAGAGGGCGUGGAAGAGGAGUACAUGCGAAGUCGAAUUGUGGUGGCAUUAGGUGGUUUUGUGGUUCCUUCAAGACGAACACGGAUGCUCUUCUGCAGAGAUGUAUUUGACUACCCUGAACUGGAAGGUCAUGACCUACUAUGUAAUCAUCUCUACAUACCACCAACAGCACCUAAGCUUCAAGGUCGACCGAGAAAGAAACGGAAGAAACCAACAGAUUCAGAGUCAGAAUCGUCAGAAACAUCAGAAGAUAUCCGGCCCCGUCUUAAAGGCAAACCAGGUCUCACUGCGAAACCCAAUGGUCUCAGAGUAUUGGACCGAAAAAGUAGUUCACGGGCGCAUUUAUCACAGGUCAAAAAUGACUUCUCAACGCCAGCCUUAAACCGUCUCAUAGAGGUGGACUUCAUGUCUAAGCUUCACAAGUUCAUGAAGGAUCGUAACACACCAAUCACGAGACUUCCACAUAUAGGUUACAAACAAUUGAAUGUGUUUGAGUUGUUUACGAGAGUGCAGCAGUUUGGUGGGUACGAGGCUGUUGGAGAGAAAAAACACUGGAAGCAGUUAUAUGAAGAGAUGAGUGGCAACUCUAACUCCUCUAAUCCUCCACAAAGUGCACAGUCUUUCUCCAGCAUAUUGAAACGACAUUAUGAGAGAUUAUUGUUACCGUAUGAGAAGUUUUUACUACAAGAACAGAAGAAACUGUUAGGAAUUGGCCCAGUGAAAGCAUCCAAGGUUAAAUCUGAACCAGGUGAACCCUCUGUAUCCAUCCUUCAACAGCAUGUGCCAAGUGACACCAAGCCCUCUCUCAAGUUUUCGGGCAGCUGUCCUCAGUUGCUGCCUCCCCACGUUCCUCCUGGCCACCAUGGUGGGGCACAGGAGGCACAUGGGUUACCCAGUGGGCCUCACUCUGGGCCUUUAGGUGCCUCACCACCUGUGGGUACACCACCCCAAGCUAGCCCUGCACCACCCACCUCUAUCAGUCCUCCAACAACACCUACAGAGUUGGCGGUUCCAAAGGUUAAUACAAAAAAGGAAGGCAACACAAUCCCAGCAGAUUUAGCAAAGAGGCCGGAAAUCACCAUCACUCCCAUUCCACGCUCCAUCGGAUCCUUAGGGACAAGCGAGCCAACAAUCCCUGGAAUAUUAGAUGGAGGUCUUCCUUCGCUGCCACCAGGGCUCAAGGGUCUCCAGUUGGCUGAUCUCAUGACUCUGGAGGGAUUAAAAUCUACAUUAGGAAUGUCAGCACUUCAGGAUCUUGCAAAAAUUGCCGAGAGAUAUGAAAAACCAUUACAAGAACCUGCCACAAAAAGAUUAAAAACAGAAGGAGCAAGAAUUAAUGGUGCUAGUUCAAGAGAAAAAGAUAAUGGUCGGCCCUCAGUAAUUCAAGAAACUCCUGUAAGUAAAACAACUUUACCUGCAGUCCCUGGACUCGUUUCUGCAGAUGUAUUAAGACAGAUGAACCUCCUAGACCCAAGUGCCAAGUUACUCCUUCCAGCACACCAGAGUAACAAAACAACGAUCAGUGCAUUGGCACAGCUCUUACCCCAAACCAGCAUCUUUCCAGCGCCAGCACCUAUAGCACAUCAACAUCAUAUAAUGAAAUCUCCGCGGGAUCCUAUCAGACCUGAGCCUCCGAGGGUCUUCCAGUCACAGUCUGUAUAUUCCCAAUCCAAACACAUGUAUGGUAAACCUACAACAGAUGUUAAGGACAUGAGUAAAGACAGUAAAAGUUCUAGUCCAGAAAUAGAAAUUCUGGAUCUUAGCCGUGCAUCAGGAAAUAAAAAUGGUAGAUCUUCAAAAUCUGAAAGACCAGAAAUAGAACUGUUAGACUUAUCUACCAGGCGUGAUAUAACAGUGUCGUCAGUUUCUAAACCAAGUACUAGUAAGAACUGCAAUAUGGGCAGGAUUCCUCCGCCUCAUGUCAGUAUAAAAUCCUCGGAUCUCCCUUCUAAACUUUCACCCAGUAAACUCCCUGGAGUAGCAAGUGCAGCUUCUGCAGCAGCUCUAGCAGCUGCUGCAGCACAGGGCUUGCCACCAGGUUUAGCAGGCCUUCAGUUAAACCCUGCCGCACUACUGCCGUACCUGUCACCCAUGCUUGCUACUGGAGUUAAACCAAACUCUGGAGCUGGGGGUGCUCCUCUUUCAAUAUUUCCCUACAUGGACCCCACUGCCCUUGCUGCUUACUAUAGUAUGUUGCCUCACAGUAUAAUUCCCACAACUAGUAGUAGUAGCAAUAGUGGGGGAUCAACCGCAGCUCAACACAUGGCAGCAGCCCAACUACAACUUGGUUCAUUAGGGCUUUCAAGUUUAUCAGGUCUCACACCAGAGGCUUUAGCAAGCCUAGGCAUGUACAAGAACUUCCUUCCCCAAGGAAACCUUCCUGCCCCACACUUCCUCUCGGGUCUAAUGUCACCACAUAACCAUAACCCGCCCACGAGUAAGUAACACUAUCAACUCAGCCAAAAUAAUCACCUCACACAUCAUUUGCUCUUGCAACAUUCACACACCUAUUUUUUGCUUUUACUAUUUAUUCUUCUAUUACCAUAUCAUUUUAUCAUCAGAUAAUUAUUUUGUCAUCUUUUUCUUUUAUAUGUAGAGCAUUACCUUGCAUCCUCCAUAUUUCCUCAUACUCAUGUCAUAAACAUUUGUUUAUAAUAUCUAUUUUUUCCUUUGCUCUUCAUGUUUCUCAUAUCACUCAACAUAAUAUUAACUCUCCCAUCUCCAUCCUCAUUAUAUCAGUCUCAUCUCACAGACAUCACACCAUUGCUCACCUCAUCACCACCACUACCACAGCCCCCAGAUUCCCACUGAUUGUGUCAUUCUGAAUAGUUAAACCAAGUUUGCAUUUUGCAUAUCUUGGCGAGAUUUAAUAAACUGAUUUUUCAUGACAUUCUUGAUUUUAUCUGUUCCUCAUAAUUACUGCUUUCAUUAUUAAGACCCAAGACUGUGUAACCUUACAGUGUCAUCAUUGUAAGCCAAUUUGCUACAUGGCAAAUAAAAAAUGGUGAAUUAUUGUGAAAAUAUUUACAUAUCUUGGUUAUCAAGGUAGAGACAAAUACUGUGUAAAUGGUUUUGAGUUUAUUCAUAUCCCUUCAUGUUUUUAUUGAAAAAAGGAUUUUACAAAAUGUGAAUAUUUUUUAAAACAAUAUUAUUCUCAAACUAAAUUAGCACUUUCCAUGAAUAUAAUAAUGGUAUGACAUGUGUAACAAGUUUAAAAAAUUAUCCCAUGUUCUAACUUUUUCGAACUGUAAAUUCCUUUAAAAGAGCAUAUGUUGUUGUUUAUUGUAGUUUUUAUCAUCACUUAACAUGCAACACUAAUCUUAGACUUGAAAUUCAUUUUUAUUGAGCACAGGUAAAAUCAUAGGGUUACAUGAACAAUUUGUUUAUUGUAAAAGGGAAAGGGGUUAUGCCAUGGAAGGAGGGGCUCUUUUGGUACCUGGUUUAGAAUAAGAUUUUCUUGGGUUCAGUAAGUGCCUAGUUUUGGUUUUCUUCCUUUUUCAAAUUAUAACAGGGAAGUAUUUGUGUAAUGUAAAUAAGUACAGUGAUUGAUUUCUCCAUUCUUUUUUUAAUUUUUUAUGAUAAAAUAUAGGUUAGCUAAUCUUUUUGUAAUAAACUUUAGUAGUCAUAGCCAGAAAGACAAUUGCCUAGCUGUGGUUUGUAAAAAUUAGGAAGCUGGCUGUUGAAGUGUCAGUUCCUGUAAGUUACAAGUUCGAUUGAGACUACCUCGAGUGUCAAGAUGUACAUUAAAAAUCACUCAUGAGGUGAAGGAUUGAUGAUGGAACAGAGGAAGAUACAGUGAUCAUGGUGUAUCAAGUCAUAAGUUGCACAUUAAUAUACAGUACAGGGAAACAAAACAGUUGUGUGCCACAGAAAUGUGUAAAGAUACAGGUUAUCUCUCCAAGAAACACCUUUGGAUAAAUUUUCUAGAUAAUUUUUGAUCAUUAUGUGUUCAUCGUUCUGUUUUCAGUAAUUUACCUCAAGUAGUGUGUAAUUCGUUUCUCCAUGAGAAUCUUUAAGUACUUUUAACUUGUAGAUAUGUGUAUGUUAAAUAAUAAAUGGUCCUUCCAUAAGUGUUACA